CUAUGGUACAGGAAGUAAGGAAGGAAGCUCUCAGCAUGCAGGAAAACUGACACAGGGGACUGAGACCAGCCAAGAGCCACAUCACAUCACAGUUUCUUCAGCUAAAGAGGGAAACUAAAGAAAUGCCAGCAGGCUCUAGUUAUGGAUGAAGAGGUAUUUAGCCAGAAGGAUCAUGAACUGCAGAUACUGCAGAAUCGGAUAAAGAUAUUACUACAGGAAAAUGAAAAACAACUGGAAUCUUUAAAGGGGGCUGAGGAAACACAUAGAUUACAGAAUGAGAAAAUGGUGGAACAGCAAAUGCUUAUUGAUCAGCUAAAAGAAAAAUUAGAGAAGUUUACAGACGUGAAAACUUUGGACUUCUCAAGCGGAGAUGUGCCAGCUGUUACAGCAUCUGCAAGGAGGCCAUACAGUGUCCCACUCACAAAGAGUCUGCUACACUCCCUUCAUCCACCUUCAACGACAGAGACCCGAAAGGUGUAUACCAGCCCCCCUGCCUUCUCCCUGGCCUGGGUAAUGGCACAAUUCCGUACUCGCAGCCAGAUGAUACUGAGCAACAUAGAAGAUCAGGAUAAAGUCCUUCACUGCCACCUCUCUGAUCAGAGCAAUGAAGAGGAAGAAAAGAAAAUCUCAUUUAAGCAUUCCAUAAACCGAACAUGGACACGAAAACAGGCUUCUCUGUGCUUUCUUCCUGACCUAAGCGACGUGAAGUGUCAAGUAGACAAGUCUGGUUUAACCAACAGAUCUGUGCUACAGACUGACACAACCACAGGUGAAGAUAUUGACAGCCUCCAGAAAAGUCAUGUUUUUAACAUGCAGAAGUUAAAGAAUUCAGAGUUGAGGCUCACUGAAGCUGAGCAAAAAAUAAGAAAACUUGCGCUUAAUAUCAAAAUGAAAGAGGAACUUAUUAAGGAAUUAGUAAGAACAGGUAUGGAUGCCCAGUCCAUAAGCAGGCAGUACUCUUUGAAGAUAGCUAAACUGGAGCAAGAAUCUGAGCAGGCCAAAAUGGAACUAGCUGAAACACAAAAGCGGCUUCAGGAGCUGGAGAGUAAGGACCUGAGAGACAUUCCUGAGAAAGCCAAGUUACAGAAAGAGUUCCGGAAGAAGAUGGAUGCAGCUAAAUUGAAAGUGCAGGCCUUACAGAAAAAGCAGGAAGACACCAAGAAUCUGGCUUCAUUAUCCAACCAAAGUGAGAGACAAGCAACAGAACUUGAGCAGAAUGUGGCUCAGAUGAAGCGUCAGCAGACCCAGCUACAGAAAAGACUGUGUGAGGAGAGCGAAAAGAAGCAGCAACUAGAAAUAGAGAUUCAGCGGGACCAGCAACAAAUUAAAGAACUUCAACUAAAGAUGGAGCAACAACAGAAAAUACUUAAACUUAAGGAUAAAGAGAUUGCUGCAUUUAAAAAGAAAAAUAACUCAGUUGGAACUUCACAGAAGCUGCAGAAAUUAGAAGAGCAAAAGAAGUGGCUGGAUGAAGAAAUGGAAAGAAUUCUCCAGCAGUACCAACAGUUAGCAGAACUAGAAGAAGAUUUAAAGAAAAGAGAAGCCAUUGUAGCCAAAAAAGAAGCAUUGCUGCAAGAGAAAAGCCACCUGGAAAUCAAGAAACUGCGAUCUAGCCAGGCUUUAAACAAACAUAGUAUGAAAUUGUCUAGUCGCUUAAGUAUGCUGGAUCAGGAACUGUGUGAUAAAAGUAUGCAGCUUCAGGGCAGUACCACUGAAGAUAAGACAGACAUUCUGGAAAAAAUUCGGGUUCUCCAGACAGAAAGGGAUCAGCUGCUCAGAAGAAGAAAUAGUGUGGAUGAGAAACUGAAAGAUGGUAAAUUGUUGUCAACUGAAGAAGAACAUGUCCUUUUCCAGCUGGAAGAAGGAAUUGAAGCCCUGGAGGCUGCUAUUGAUUACAAGAAUGAAAGUAUUCAGAAUCGUCAGCACUUGCUCAGGUCAUCUUCUCAGAUCAUUUCACAGAGUGAGAAUAAUGUAAUAGGAAAACUAGUUUCCCUAUCUGCUGCUGAGCUCAGAGCUAUCAUCUUCAAAUAUUUCAACAAGAUUGUUCGCCUACGCGAGUCUGAAUGUAAAUUACAACUGCAGAUUGAAGAACAGCAAAUGAAGGUCAUAGACCAGGAAAACGUAAUACGUGAAUUAGAGUCUGCACUUGAACAUGUCAGGUUGCAGUGUGACAGGCAGCUGACCUUACAACACAAAGAGCAUGAGAAAAAACUACAGUUAAUACUGCAUCAUUUGAAAGAACAAGAUAGUGAAGGUAUUGCAGAAACCUUGAAAAGGUAUGAAGUGAAAGUCCAGCAACUGGAAAAAGACUUAUUUUUCUAUAAGAAAAUAAGCAGAGAGCUGAAGAAGAAAUUGAAGAGCCUCUUUGGAGAAUCAUCUCAUCAAUCAUUGGCAUCCACUAAAUGUAACAGUGCUGGUGACAAGGCAUCUGGUCAAGAUGAAGCAGAAGCUGCUUCUGAAGAAUUCAAGUCAACACUUAACCCUGAAACUACUAGUCGACCAGGAAAAAUGAAAGAAACUGACAGAACAAAUACUUUAAGAACACAGCAGAAUUCAUACAAGAUUGGAGAGGAUGUUUCAGAAUCAGAGUGCAACAAAGAAUGUUUGUUGAGCACCAGUGAUGACAAAGCAGGGGCAGAUGAAACUCAGCCUUCAAAAUCUUAUCCUCAGCUACCUUCUGUCAUCCAGAGAAGAGAGACCAUAACACAGUUUCAAGGAGUAACUCCCAUAAAAUUGUCUCGCCGAGAGCUACGUCAUAUUCCUCCCUCUGAAUUGUCUUUGAGAUGCUCAAGCCUUGGAGCUGGUGUCAGUUUUAUUGCUCCAGAUUCCAUUGAAAUGGACAAAAUAUCUAGUGUUGGUAAGACAUAGUUACUCUUCAUUGCAUUUUUAGUAGCCUUUGCUAAUGAAGCCACUGUAUUAGACUUCUUUGUUCACUUAACAAUGGAUAAAUGAUUAAGUGUUUUUUAGCUCUCAUUGCUCACUAUCUGAGAUGGAUGUUAAUUAACACAGUAUCUAAGAACUUUCAUUCGGAGGCCUUUUAACAUUGAAGAAAUUAUUUCUAUUGGUUUGGGUUUUUUGCAUAAACUUCAACAAAUAUGUAAGUUUUUCAAAAACUGCAGUGUGAGGUGCACUGUACCUGCAUAACUUUGGUUUCCUAAAACAAUACUGUACUUCACUUUCUUGAGUCAGAAAGAGUAGCAAACUAUUUAAUUUAUUUUGAUAUAUAGCUAGAAAAUUUAGUUGUCAGACUGUCAUAUAGUAUUGAUAAUGCCUGGCUCCUGUAUGCUUUUUACUAAAAGCAUAUUAUAUGAGCCAUGGUGUUUGAGAUCAAAAUCAGUACAUAAAGAUAAAUUUGUUCCUGAAAAGGAACACAGAAGUACUUACUUUUUUUCUUCUUUACGGCUUGCUUAUGAAAUUAAGAGAAUUGCUUAUUUCCCUUUCUGGUUUUGUCUGUUGGACAUUUAAAGAAUUGCUGUUGGCAACUCAAAGUGUGGUAUUUCUUUCUGUACUACUAAAAUGGAAAAAAACCCCAAAGGAUGAAAUCCAGCAUCCUCAAAAUAAGCCAGAUAAACCAAUAUAUUAUUUUAUUUGUACUGGUCAUGUCCUUUCACAGACAAAUUAUUCUUCUGGAUUUGUUAUCUGCUUCAGAGCAAGGACUACACAUGUCCUUCGGUUUACUGCUAUACUGUUGUUAGUAAUGGGUUUGGGAUGAAAAGUGAAUCUGUUUUGUAAGAGGACAGUGGUCAUGGAGAAGCAAUGCUAAACAGCUGCACAAACUUGCAGGCAGGGACCAGAAUGUCCACAUUCAAAUAAGAUUAACAUGAAAAUUAGAUCAAAUAUCUAUACAAAAAGUGGCAGCACUGAUUGUAGGGUUAGUUUUAUUUUAGUGGUGGACUUCAGCCCGUCAUGUUUGAAAAUGUCAUAGACUGUUAGAUGUACUUAGGAGCUUCUGCUUUCUGCUGUUGUCUAGGCAAGGUCUUGUGUACAACGUGUGUGGCUGUAGGUACAGAAGAACUACAUUUUUUGAUGCUGCAAGCACAGUUCAAAUCUGUCCACAUUAUAAAGAUGCUGUUACAGCAUGAUAAAUGGACCUAUUAUCUUGUGGUAUGUUUUAAAAUUUUCUGGGUAGACUGCAAAAUAUUCCAUUCUAAUCAGAUAGAUAAACCAUUUAACAUGUCAAAUGAUUGUAUCUUUUACAAUUGUACCUAAUUAUUACCUAUCGUUCAGCUGAAUUCUGAGGUGAGGACUGGGGUUCAUCUUGAUUGUUUUUAGAUUGGGCUUGAUUGUUUUUACUGUCAUGAAGUACUGAGCCUUAACUACUGUUGUUUAAUACUACUGUAUGUAUCAUUCACUUAGUGUUUGUAGUAAAAAAACAAUAAACAGAAACAAGUAA